UCCCCCAGGCCUUCCCUGUUUACCCGAGUGACUCUUCUAUUCCCAUGCCAACCUCCACUCUCCACCGGCCUCCUCACCCACUUCCACAGAUUAUCUCUCAAACCUCAGCAGCUCCUCCUGAGAGACAUCACACACUCCUGUAUUAGUAAUCCACAGGAGAGAGAUAGAAGUAUUAAGUGUUAAUUGAGGUCACUUUAAUCCACUGAGUGACUUUUUCCGGCAGAUACGUGAAGCCCAUCAUUUCAAGUAGUGCUUCACUGAAGGAGGUGUGGAGAAGAAGCCAUGGCAGAUGUUCUGGAGGAGCUGAGGCAGCAGUGUCUGAGCAGAGGAGCAGCUGGGAUCAAAGGGCUGGGGAGGACCUUCCGCAUCAUGGACGAUGAUGGUAGCAAGUCUCUGAACCUGCAGGAGUUUCAGAAGGGGCUGGAGACGUACGGCGUGAAUGUCGGACUUGAAAAGGCCAAGCAGAUCUUCACCAUAAUAGACAAAGACAGAAGUGGCACCAUUGAUUUUAAUGAGUUUUUGGAGAAACUAAGGCCUCCGAUGUCCAGUACCAGAGUGCAGGUGAUCAAACAGGCCUUCCAGAAGCUGGACAGCACUGGCGACGGGUUGGUAACCAUAGAGGACUUGCAGGGAGUCUACAAUAGCAAGCAUCACCCCAAGUACAAGAGCGGUGAAUGGACAGAGGAGCAAGUGUUCCGCUCGUUUCUUGACAGCUUUGAUUCGCCGUACGAGAAAGACGGAAAGGUCACUCUGGAGGAGUUUGUGAACUACUACAGCGGAGUCAGUGCCUCCAUCGAUGACGACGCCUACUUUGUAACCAUGAUGCAAAACGCAUGGAAGUUGUAGAGUCUAGUGUCUACAAAACAAUACAGCAAGUUGCAUGUGAACACUUUGCAAAAGCUUUAAACAAAAAAAUUGUGCCUUUCAUUUUUUUCUAUUAAACACUUUCCUUUACAAAAA